CCUCGGACUCUGUCUUUCAGUAAAAAAGUAAACACUGCCGUAUUUAAUCAGGACGCUACGUUUGGGCGACAGUUAGAAGACAAAUAUCGCUGAUCGAGGUCGAGACACAAGCAGACACAAUGAACAAGCAGCAUUUGAUGGACUUCGGGGCCUACACGGCCCUGGGGUGUGCGUCCAUGUUCUGUGGGUCGGCCUAUUACGUUAACUUUGUACAGACGCCGGCCAUGAGGGCAGUCAAAGACACCAAAGCCGUCAGAGAGCUAUGGAAGGAAAUGUUUCUACGGGCUAAAAAAUACCAGAGUGGGUUCGCCUUGACUUCAGCAGCCACCUCCAUUGUUGUGGGUAUAAAUGAACCUUCACAGUACCGCUGGCUGUGGUUUGGUGGUGCUGCGGCUCUACUCGCCGUGGUCCCUUGGACGUUUAUUGUUAUGAUGCCAGACAUCAAGCGCCUUUUGGAAGAUGACGUGAUCGAGAAAGAAGGUGAGAAGUGGGUACGAGAUAAAAUUUACCUGUGGAACCGUCGUCAUGGCGUCAGAACCUUCUUGUCUGACGUCAGCAUCAACCUCAUCAUGGCAGCUAUCUACAUGACCCGGAUGUAAACGAUGGAAACGAGACGCCACAUGACAAUUUUCGCAUAAUAGAAUUUGAAAGUAUGAUUAAGGGAUCUUGAAUGAAUGUUUUAAGGUUUAAAGCAGAAUAAUAGUGAGUGUACGCCCAUGUGAGUAAUGUUUGUGAAACUGUUUAUAAAAAAAAUUACGUGCUGAUUGCGC